AUGUCCACCUACACCGACGCCCAACUCACCCGCUACCUCUCACACAUCGGAUACCACGGGGACGAUGCGCGGCACCGCGCAGCGCAGGACCCCCUCGGGUGUCUCACAGCCCUCCAACACCACCACAUGGCCCGCGUACCCUUCGAGAGCCUGUCGCUGCAUUACUCGCGCCACCGGCUCCUGUCGCUCGACCCGCAGGACCUGUUCGCCAAGGUGGUCGACCGCGGCAGGGGCGGGUACUGCAUGGAGGUUAAUACCUUGUUUGCGGUGGUACUGCGCAGCUUGGGGUUUACGCUGUAUAGUGUUGGGGGGAGGGUGUGCGGGCCGGACGGAAAGUACAAGGGUUGGGACCAUAUGGUCAAUAUCGUGACCAUCGCCGGCCAGCGCUACCUAGUCGAUGUCGGGUUUGGGUCGCGCGGCGCGCUGCACCCGGUGCCGAUGAUUGACGGCCAUGAAUUUGUUGGCUUGGCUGCGGCGCGAGGGCGGUUGGAUCACCGUCGCCUCGAGGAGCAUGCGGACCCCAAUCAGCGGGUGUGGAUGUACUCGGUCCGGGAGGGCAAGGACCGCCCGUGGAGGACACAGUACCACUUUGUGGAGACGGAGUUCUUGGCUGCUGACUUUGAAGUUAUGAACCUGCGGACUAUGACGGCGCCGCAAAGUUUCUUUGUGCAAAGUGUUAUGUGCAUGUGGACGCUGUUGGAUGAGAAACAGGAAAGCCCUGUUGGGUUGCUCAUCCUGCAUAGAGACUACGUCAAGCGGCAGUUGGGCGCCGUGUCGGAGGUCGUGAAGCGCUUUCAGAGCGAGGAGGAGAGGGUCAAGGCGCUGGAAAAGUAUUUUGGGAUUGUUUUGAACUCAGAGGAACGGGGGGGUAUUAAGGGACUGGCGAGCGAGCUUUCCAGAUCACCGGGGACCAUGGGACAUGCUUAG